AUGGAUCCGAAAGAAAGGAGAGAAGAUGCUGGUGAGGAUCGUCACCCAGAAUCAGAAGAAGAAGGUUCAUCUGGAGAAGAAAAAUCGAGUGAACUCAGAAAAGAAGAAUCUUCGAACUCGUUCGUGAGUGCGGAAGAAGAUCCAGAAGAAGACUCAUCAGAAGAAUCUCGCAAGAAUCCGAGAGAGAUUCGACGAACUAGCAAGAAAGAAACAGCGGGCGAUGAAAUCCAAGAACUCGAUAGCCCAGAGGAGAAGAUUCAAGGAACAGACGCGGAGAUCCCAGAAGAAUUCCAGGAAGGAAACCCUAGGAUCGAAGAUAAACGCAAGGAAAUUGAGGAUCUACAAACCUCUCUGCCUCCAGAACAAGUUGAUACGGGUAAACUUGAUGAACUCUUCACUUACUCUAAUAGAGAUAUAGAGGAAAGUUCAGAUAGUGAGCCUAGGUUGAGAAGAAAAAACACAAGAAGGCGUGUAGAUUUUGAUGUGAGUGUAGAGAAUAUAGAAUCUGGGAAGGAUGUGAGUGAUACAUCCAAACAAAUGGAGAAAUUGCCCUCAGUUCAAUUAGGGCAGGAGAAAUCGAAGGAUGCUGAAAUCGAAGUGGUUGCGGACUCAGCAACGGAAACAGAAGUACUGAAAUCAAAAGAGGAUGAUGAACCUGAGGUGGACUCACGUGCUCGAAAGGUUGAAAGAAAGAAACCUAAGGCAAAGAGCGCUGAGAGAAAGGGCAAAGUGUCUGACUCUCGAAUGAUAGCUGAACAGAGAGCACGGACCAGAUCUCAAUUGGCUGCAAAACCAGUGACAACUGCUAAAAGUCCUCCUAAGAAGAUACAAAGGAAGACAAAAUCACAGCCUGCGUUGGUGAUUGCUGAGCAUAAAACUCUAAAAAAAGCUGAGAAAAGAAAGGCUGGACCAGCAAAAGACAUGCCCCGAGCAAAAUCCUCAAAGAUUUCUGAGGAAUACUGA